AUGGCAGAGACCAAAAAGAUUGGUAUGCUUGGUGUGGGGAGUAUGGGCGCCAUGAUGUCGCUCCUUUUCGCAGAACAUGGUUAUGAGGUUCAUUUCUUCGACCCGAGCGAGGAGAAUAUGGAUAUGCUUGAGAAGCAAGGAAAGGACAUUCAGCUAGACGACAGAGUACAAAGGUCGAAAAGCUACGAGGAUGUCUGCAAAUCUAUAGAAACCAAAGGCCAGUCAAAGCUCUUCGUCUUCAGUACACCACACGGCAAACCAGCCGAUAAAUGUGUCGAGGGGCUUCUGCCUUACCUCAACAAGGGCGACCUCAUCGUCGAUUGCGGCAACGAGCACUGGACAAACACGGAAAGGCGACAGAAGAUGCUGGAUCCAAAGGGCAUCCACUACGUCGGAUGCGGUGUCUCGGGCGGCUAUCAGAGCGCUCGCCACGGCCCAUCCAUGUCGCCCGGAGGCAGCUCCGAGGCACUGGAAAAGGCCAUGCCAUUCCUCAAGACCGUGGCCGCCAAAGACGCACACGGCCGCCCGUGUACCAACCCCGUCGGACCUGCCGGUUCCGGUCACUACGUCAAGAUGGUGCACAACGGCAUCGAGCAGGGCAUGAUGUCGGCCAUGGCCGAGGUCUGGCUCAUUCUCACAAAGGGUCUAGGCUUCAGCCACGAAGAGAUCGCGGAUAUCUUCAAAUCCUGGAACGAGUCGGGUCCCCUGCGCAAUUGCUUCCUCGUCGCCAUCGGCGUCGGUAUCGAGCGCGCCAAGGACAAGGACGGUAACCAUGUCCUCUCCGAGGUGCGUGACAAGGUGACUCAAGACGUGACCGAGGAAGAAGGUACAGGGACCUGGACGUGCGAGCAAGCCGUCACCCUUCACGUGCCGGCCGCCUCGAUCCUCAGCGCACACCUGUUUCGGUGUGCAUCUGCCGACCUGAGGCGCCGCAUCAAUAACCAAAAGGCGGCAGCGGGUGGUAUCGAGGCGCAGCCGUGGUCCGGGGUCGACAAGCGCAAGUUUGCCGAGCUCCUGCACCAGGCCAUGUACUUUUGCUUCCUGGCCUGCUUCGCCCAGGGCAUGGACAUUAUCCGGAGAAAGGAUCGUGCCGAGGGCUGGAACCUUGACUACCGCAAGAUUAUGCAAUUAUGGAGGGGUGGUUGUAUUAUCCAAGCUGACCAUAUUGUGGAUCUGCUGGAUAGCAUAUAUGAGAAAGCGGAUGGUGAUCAGGACAAUCUGCUCGCCAAUCCGGAACUUGGCCAUGAAUUUCACAAUACAUACCCGGCUAUCAAGGAGAUUGUUCUCAAGGCUGUCGAGACGGAUACGUUUGUGCCAUCCAUUAGUCAGAGCCUCGAGUACUUCAAGUAUCAGACAUCCACAGAACUGCCAACGCAGUUCAUGGAGGCGCAACUGGAUUUCUUUGGGCAGCACAUGUUUGACAAGAAGAAAGACCCGGUGGGUGGUCCGGAAAAGGGGCAACACCACUACGAGUGGAAGCCGGCAACAGGAUUAUCUGGGAAAUAA